AUGCCGGGCCAUGGCAAUGGGAUGUUGAAUCCCAACGACGUGACCAUUGAUAUCCCACUCACGGAGACGACUUCCCGUGGCCAAACGGGCGCCCGUAAAUGGAAUACCAAUACCAGCCCCCAGGACGGGGCCUCGCAGACCACCGAGAAGGCACCUAUCGUUGGCCACCAUCGGGGUCCUGGCCGCAGGCGUCGCACGGAUACUGAUAUAAAUGAAUUAUCUGGAAAGCCUGCUGAGUCGCCCGAGGACGGUACUAUCAACCGUAUGGGACGUUUCUACCAAGCUGUCUUGAAUUACUCUCUCAUCACUCGUUACUUGAUUUAUGUUCUUCCCAUUGCGAUUUUGAUCGCGAUUCCGAUCAUUGUUGGCGCUACCGUCGCGACGAACGCGAAAAUUGGUGGUGUUCAUCUCUACUGGUUCUUUACUUGGAUUGAGAUUGUCUGGGUCAGCCUGUGGGCGGCCAAGAUCUUCGCCCGUUACAUUCCUUAUUUCUUCCAGUUCUUGUGCGGUAUCGUCAGCUCCGGCACCCGCAAGUAUGCGCUUAUUCUGCGCGCCCUCGAGACUCCCAUUGCGCUUUUGAUUUGGGCUAUUAUUUCCCUCGUGACCUUCCUGCCGGUUAUGACCUUGAAUCCUGGUAAGCAGGAGUCCGGCGACACGGGUGUCAAGGCGUGGGAGAAGACCAUCAAGAAUAUUCUAUUCGCGCUGCUCGUCUGCAGCAUCAUCUACUUGGCCGAGAAGGCCCUUGUGCAGCUCAUCUCGAUUAGUUACCACCGCAAGCAGUUCGAUGCCAAGAUCCAGACCUCCAAGCGCAAUGUGCACUUGGUCUCUCUCCUCUUCGAGGCCUCGCGCAAUAUGUUCCCCGUCUACUGCCCUGAGUUCAAAGAGGAGGACUCGCUCAUUUUCGACUCCAUCCUGGCGCAAGCUGGCACCAAUGGCGGCAAGCGGUCAUCCGCUAUGCCCCUCCGCAUGCUUCGUCAAGUCGGCAAGAACGUCGGUCGUGUUGGCGACAAAGUCACCGCCGCUUUUGGACACGUCGCGUCGGAGCUUACUGGUAAGCAAGUGUUUAACCCGACUUCGACGCACACCAUGGUUAUCGAAGCCCUCGAGCGCAGGCGCCACGCUGCUGCCCUGGCCCGACGUAUCUGGAUGUCGUUUGUUGUCGAGGGCCGUGAGUCUUUGUACAUGGAUGAUAUCGUUGAAGUCCUAGGUGCCGAGCACGAGGCUGAGGCCGAGGAGUGCUUCAUGGCUCUUGACAGGGACGGCAACGGUGAUAUCAGUCUUGACGAGAUGGUCCUGACCAUCACUGAGUUUGGACGCAUGAGAAAGGCCCUGAACCACAGCAUGCACGAUGUCGACCAGGCUAUUCGUGUUCUGGACAACCUGCUCAUGUGUGUCGCUGGUCUGGUCGGUGUUCUUGUCUUCAUUUCUUUUGUGACCACUGGAUUCGGUACUGUCAUUGCAGCUGGUGCCACCUCGCUGCUUUCCCUCAGUUUCGUCUUCUCCGUUACCGCUCAAGAAGUCCUUGGUUCCUGCAUCUUCCUCUUCGUCAAGCAUCCUUUCGAUAUCGGCGAUCGUGUCGAGGUCAGCGACAAGCCUUUCAUCGUCGAGCGUAUCUCGCUUCUUUUCACUGUCUUCCGCAAUGUCACCGACUCCCGCAUCACGCAGGUGCCUAACAAUAUUCUAAACAGUCUCUGGGUUGAUAACUUUACUCGCGCCAAUGCUAUGCACGAACAGCUUGUCAUCCCCGUAGCCUUCGACACUAGCUUUGCCGAGGUUCAAUUGCUGCGUCAGGAGAUGGAGAACUUCGUCCGCGACAAGGAGAACAACCGUGACUUCCAGCCUGAUAUUGACAUCGAGCUCGAUGGCGUUGGUGAUAUGGACAAGCUCCAACUGCGCGUUGACAUCCGUCACAAGUCUAACUGGUCUAACGAGACUAUUCGUGCUGCCCGACGGUCUAAGUUCCUGUGUGCUUUGGUCCUAGCCGUCCGCAAGAUCCAGGUUCGCGCUCCAGGUGUUGCCCUUCCCGACGAAGAGACCGCGGACGCCGCAGAUGGUGAUGACAAGGGUGAUGAUGCCGGCGCUGGUGCAGGUGCAGGUCGCCGCCAGUCUGCUCAGGGAGGUGGUGCCGACUCUUCUAAGCCCAACCCCGGUGCCGCCGCUGCCGCCGCGGGUAUCCUCAACUACGAGAACACAGCCCAAUCGACAGGAUACGACCAAACCCGUUCAGGAACAAUCACCCACCGUGGAUCAACUCAUACCAACGCUGAGCGCGAAGCCGCCAUCGUCGAACUGCUCAACGCCCGCUCCCCAGCCGUCGACGCCGGCCGUGACAACUACGACAGCCACGAGAACGCCCUCCAUCGCACUGCCACCAAUGCCUCUAACCAAGGCAACCAGCUAAACGUGCACACCGGAAGCGAAGGCCUCAACCGCGGCCUGUCAACCGGCCACCGCAAGCUCGGCAGUCACGUCUCCUACAACGAGCACGAUGCGCCCAGAAACGCUCCUCUUUCCCCAGUCCCCGCGGGCAUGACCCCAUCCUCAAGCCAAGUCCCCAUCCUCGAGACCCCCAAGCCAGGCUCCCGUCACAGUGCCCGCUACGAGCCCCGUCCUCACUCGGGCCAGGACCAAACCCAGAGCACCGUCCAGAUGGUGGGCUCACCAGACCCUAACCCCUUCGACGGCGGUUACUACUCCCACGAUACGGGGUACAAUCAAAUUCCGGUUGGCGGUUACAGUGUUGAGAACACACCGGCACGCGAACGUCACGAUUCAAAUCCCGAUAUCUCUGGCGUGACCGCGUCCAGCAAUUACCAACUCUCGGAUCGAUAUGACCCCGUCUCCCCGCCGUCUAUCUACUCCCCGCCACAGCCGUCGAUCUCACAACAGGGUGCGGCUUACAAUACUGCACCGCUGAGGAAGAAGGAUAAGUCUCCAUAUGGGGAGCAUGAGGCUUGA